AUGGAACUUGUCAGGUCCGAAACUCAAUACCACGUUGUGUUCCCGGAUGGAACUGCGUUAGGAGAGAUGAAUUUGCAACUAGAAGAAGCACUGAACAGCAUCUUGGAGCAGCAGUACUCGCUUGAAUUUGAGGUAUUCGCACCGACAAGAGCGAUUCGAGAAACGAUCAGCAAAGCAACAAAGGAAAAAGAUGCAAUAUCACGCGUUCAGGUCAAUGUUUACGGGACCCGUGCGGCCUCCAAAGCUGUUGGUCGAGAACUUUCUCAACGCAAGAUUUAUCUUCAGCGUCCUGAGUGUGUUCGGAAUGGCGCCGUCUAUAACAACCCACAUUUCCUGAAACUCGGAGAUCACGAAGCUACCGUGAGCGUACCGACUUCAGAUGUCGUUGAGCCAAUUGUCGAGAAAAUUACAGGCCAGGUUGUCAAAGAGGCUAUCACGAAUGUCUACUGCGCACUCACUCGUGGCCAAAAUCUGGUAGCUUUGGAGGGUGAUCGACGGUUACGAACACCGCUUCUAUCUCACCAAAAAAGAGCUCUUGACUUCAUGAGUCAACGUGAAAAUGGACCGAUACCCAGCGAGUAUCUGUUAUGGAAAUUCGAGGAAACAGAGGGACAGAGCUGCUAUCGGCAUGCAGUUACUGGGAUGAUCAGCAGAUUGCAGCAAACAGAAACAGGUGGCGGUAUCCUGGCUGAUGAGAUGGGUAUGGUUGUGGCGUCCUCAGAUCUCAUGAUUAAUGAGUGGCUUCAAGAACUUGACAAGCAUUUCGAUGACAACACAAAGCGGCUACUCAAAUGCGUCAAAUAUCAUGGACCCAGUCGCGAACGUUCACUCGAAGAGCUUCGUGAUACGGACAUCGUCAUUACUACAUAUCAUACACUUGCGUCCGACGCCUCGAAUACCAAGAACUCGUUGCAAAAGAUCGAGUGGUAUCGUCUGGUACUUGACGAGGCCCACAUUAUACGCCGCCAGAAUACUGGUUUGCACCGCACCGUGGCGGAAAUAGCGGCAAGAUCUCGAUGGUGUCUGACUGGAACCCCUGUACAGAACCGGCUUGAAGAUAUCGGCUCGCUUCUUGCCUUUCUGAGGCUGAAGCCAUUCCACAACCUCUCCAACUUCAAAAAGUCAAUCGCUUUUCCAUUCGAUGAGGGCGGACGACGUAGGCAACUAGCGAUCGAGCGAUUCACACUGCUUUUGGAUUCUGUGUGUCUUCGUCGAACAAAGAACUUGCUCCAUCUUCCAGAUCAGCAAAAUCGCGUUCGCAAUAUCACGCUUUCGCCGGAAGAGCGAUCGCAGUAUGACCAGACCUCCAGCAUCAUGUUUCGCGCCGUUCGAAACCAAGCUGAAAUGCUCGAUCAGAACAGCACUCUGGGGAUGUUCCAAGUUCAGCUUCAGCUACGUAUCUUGUGUAACCACGGAACAUGGCAACAACCCUUCUCUUGGAACCGUCGCAAAUUGCACCUGCUCGAUGAGCGAGAGGCAGUAGAAGCCUCUCUGGGUAGAGAUGGAGAAGCAACGUGCUCCGCUUGUCGCCAAACACUGCCAUUAUUUGGUACUGGUUCAGAAUUUCGCCGUUACGCAGAUUGUAGACACAUUCUUUGCUCAGAAUGUGUAGACGAGAGCAUGCCAAGCGGCGAAAAUCAAGCAUCUACGCGAUGUCCGUUAUGUGUUCCACUCUGGCGCCCAGCGAAUCAAGGCCAUCGACCGAAGCAAGGGUCGCAAGAAGAUACUUACUUUCGAACGACUGGACGGUCCUCAAAGAUAGAAGCACUGAUGUGCGACGUCAUCCAGGAUGUCUGGGUCACCAAAAGGCACGUGUCUCCGAAGACAUCUAAUGAAUGCUGUAUUGACAGUUCAUAG